CAAGUCAACGGCAAUGCGAUAGCAAUUUUGAACGAGCAGAUUUCUAUGGCUCAGUCUGCCUACCUUGAAUUUUGUAAGCGCCAUGAGCUCACGGAGGAUGAGUCAUGCCGAUAUAAUCUACGUGAUGCAGGGUGAUGAGCCUGCAUAGUUGCGAAAAUUCUCCUCAUACUCUGCCUGAUGUGCAGAACCCUCUUCUAAAACCACCGACAAACGUGCGGGCAGUCUACAACAGUGAGGACAUGAUUGUUAUUCACUGGGAACCACCAGACACGUCUAUACCAGUUAUCAAAUACACGGUCUCAUGUCAUGUAGCCAGAGAUGCUGAUUUAUCAGUGCAACUGCAGCGAGUGACGGGCCUGUCGAACUCUGCGUCCUUCUCCGGCCUGCAGCCGAUGACGUCGUAUUCGAUCGGCGUUUCCGCGCAGUACGACAACACGGAGUUUCGCAAGGCGGGAGUCAUGACGGCGUCCACGAGGUUGAACGUCAGCGACGACGUCGGUACGCGAAACGCGCAAGGCGGUGCUUAGUAAAGCUGCCACUUCUUUAUCGCCUUUUACAUCCUGUCCGUGUAUUAUUUUGUCCUGUAAUUCUUCAGUGUCUUGUACUGAUUGUCAGUGUGUUAUUUGUUCUGUACUUCUUGUCUUUGUGUUAUUGCGUCCUGUGCUUCUUUAUGUUCUUGUAGGUACUGCUUGUAUUAUUUUGUCCUGUAUUAUUUUCUUCACGGUCUUGUACUGAUUGUCAGUGUGUUAUUUUGUUCUGUACUUCUUGUCUUUGUGUUAUUGUGUGCUGUACUUCUGUAUUGUCUUGUACUACUU